AAGUUAGGUUAAAACUUAAACUUUAUUAACCCUAAAAUCUGAAAAGACUUUUACAAAAGAUUUACAGUUAUAAAAAUGUAUACAAUGUUUUAAUUAUAAAUGCAUAUUUACAUUUUAUUUAUUUAUUGCUUUAAAGAGAAUCAGUUGGAUGGUGCAGGCUCUGGAGAUGAGGACAGCCGGAGUAUGUAUUGCUCUUUUCAGAUGUUUGACAUCAAUCUGAAAUAUAUUGUCAUUUCAUUGAAACUUUAUCUGAGCAACUUUCUCUGUGAUUUCUAGUUCAGGAAAUGCAUUGUUUACUUAAAUCUUGUGCAAUUGCAAAUUUAGGCUCCCAACCAACCCUUAAAAAUGAGGAAACAAAGCAGACUACUGAGGCAAAUACAGACACAGAUGAUCUUAAUCCAGUCAUCGUACCUGUAGUUCUCACACUGGUCAUCAUCACUGUGAUCGUGUGUGUAGUCAUGAUCUACCGCAGGUGGAGAAUAAAAGGUACUGAUCCUUAUCUGGAUCAUGAAGACCACGGAAAGGUGCCAAUGCCCAUGUUUGAGGAUGAUAUCCCAUCAGUGAUGGAGCUGGAAAUGGAAGACAUAGAAAAUUGGAUGGCAAAAGAUGGAGGCAAGAAAGUGGACACUGGCCAAAUAUAAUGAAUAGCUUUUCAGUGAGUACACUAGACUUAUUAUUCCUUCCUUUAUGCAAGAUGUAGUCCAAACCUGGGAAGGCUACACAAUUUCUAGAACAAAGUCGGAGCGUAUUCACAGUACAGUAUUGGCUUGGACAGCUGUCUAGCGGUUAGAAACAGGAAAGCCAUUGUACUAGCUUGCAAAUAUUUAAUUUUCAGGACAGAUCUGUAACAGAUGUGCAUUUCUUGAUUAUUUACAUUCACACAUCAUAUUUCACUGCACUUCAGAUUGAAUUCAGAUCGUUUCAGAUUGUUUCCAACAAGUAAUGGAAAAGAGUUGUACACAUAAAUAGUUGUACUAACAUUUCAAAAGUGUACAGUAAAUACACAGAGCAACCAUUGGGUUCCCAUCAGUAACAUGAAACUUUGCUGUUCCUCUUGGGGGUUGUGGAGGGUUAGACAUUUGGAAAAUAAAGGGGUCUGAA